AUGGAGUCACAGACCCAAGUUCUCAUGUCCCUGCUGCUCUGGGUGUCUGGUAUCUGUGGGGACAUCUUGAUGUCCCAGUCUCCAUCCUCCCUGGCUGUGUCAGCAGGAGAGAAGGUCAGCAUCAACUGCAAGUCCAGCCAGAGUCUGUUUGGCAGCAAUAGCAAGAAGAACCACUUAGAGUGGUACCAGCAGAAACCAGGGCAGUCUCCUAAAUUGCUGAUCUACUUUGCAUCCACUCAGAACACUGGGGUUCCUGAUCGCUUCACAGGCAGUGGGUCUGGGACAGAUUUCACUCUCACCAUCAGCAGUGUCCAGGCUGAAGACCUGGCAGAUUACUACUGUCUGCAGGUUUAUAGUACUCCUCCCACAUGUGUAUACACGUUUGGAGCUGGGACCAAGCUGGAAAUCAAACGGGCUGAUGCUAAGCCAACUGUCUCCAUCUUCCCACCAUCCAAAGAGCAGUUACAGGAUGGAAGUGCCUCAGUCGUGUGCUUCCUGAACAACUUCUACCCCAACGACGCCAAAGUCAAGUGGGUAGUAGAUGGCAGUGAGCAACGAAAUGGAGUUGUGAGCAGUGUGACCGAUCAGGACAGCAAAGACAACACCUACAGCAUGAGCAGCACCCUCACGUUGACCAAAGCAGAGUAUGAGAGUCAUAACUUGUAUGCCUGUGAGGUCACCCAUAAGACGUCAUCUACAGCCAUCGUCAAGAGCUUCAAGAAGGAUGAGUGUUAGAGCCACAGGUCCUGAGUCACCACCACCUGCUCCCUGGGACCCUGCUCUCUGGGACCAUCCUCAGUCUUCCCUCCUAAGGUCUUGGAGCUUUCUCCAUAGAUGACCUACCACUGUUGCAGUCCUCCAAAUCCCCUCCCCACUCCAACCCCUCCCUCUCCUUGGCUUUUAUCCUGCUAAUAUUUGGGGAAGAUAUUGAAUAAAGUGAAUCUUGGCACUUGA